AUUUGACUCAGCAAUGCUAGCCUUGCGUUCGACUACUAAUGGGCGUCUUGUCCUUUUAUUGCCGUUGUUUGGGCGUUGGACCAGAUCUUAAUGCUUGUCUCAACUUAGCUUUCGCCUUUUUUUCCACAUUCUCCUCUUUCUCUUGCUUCUCCUCUUUCUCUUGCUUCUCCUCUUUCUCUUGCUUCUCCUCUUUCUCCACCACUCCCCCUCUUGCUUCGCCCCCCUCUUUCUUCGCUCCUUCAAUCCUUCCACAAAUCCACUGAAAAAUUCCUGAACAAUGGCAUCUCUGGGCUCCAUGGUCGGUCGCAUUUACCAGGCGUUCAGCCCGUCCCAGCUACCACCGAAGAAAAGCGAUGCCCUCAAAUUUGGCAUCCUGGGAGCUGCGAACAUUGCUCCAAUGGCCCUGAUCACGCCCUCCAAAUCGCACCCCGAAGUCAUCAUUCAGGCGGUGUCGGCUCGCGAUCGGAAGAAGGCGGAAGAGUUCGCCAAAGCCAAUUCCAUCCCAGAAGUCAGAGAUUCCUACGAGGAAAUUCUCAACGACCCCAACAUCGACUGCGUGUUCAUCCCGCUCCCGAACGCGCUCCAUUAUGAAUGGGCCGUCCGCGCCGUUCGCGCCGGCAAACACGUGCUGGUGGAGAAGCCAUCCGUGUCCAAUUCGACCGAAGCGGAAGUUCUCUUCAACCUGCCAGAACUGUCGCAGCCCAACGGACCCGUCCUGCUGGAGGCCUUCCACAGCCGCUUCUUCCCGGCGUGGUCCUUAUUCCGCUCCCUCAUCGACCACAACCAGGUCGAGCACGUCAAUGCCUUCUCCAUGAUCCCCUGGUGGGGCACCAGCAAGGACGACAUCCACUUCAACUACCCGCUAUCCGGCGGCAGCAUCAUGGCGAUGGGCACGUACAACAUGGCCGCGCUGCGGAUGGCGCUGGGCGCCGAGCCAGAGGAGUGCCUCAGCUGCGACGUGCACUCCUACACGGACGGCAUCCACGACAAGUGCGACUACGACUUCCACGCCAAGUUCCGCUUCCCCAACGGGGCUAUCGGCGAGGCGUCCACCACGCUGAAGGGUCCCACCUACUGGACCCCAUCGUACCUCACCGUCACCCAGAAGGAGGUCGUCGUCCCCGACUCGACGCUCCCGGCGUCGCAGACGAAGCUGCUGAAGCGCAAGCUGACCCUCCACGGCUUCGUCCACGGCAUCUUCUGGCACCGCAUUGACAUCCACGACGAGCACCACAUCCGCGACAACGGGUCCGGCAAGGUCGUCCGUCGCUGGGAGACCACUGAAAACCGCAAGGCUUACACCUUCAAGGAAGCCGGCGGCGAGUUCGCCGAUCUCCCGGGCGAGCCGUUCUGGAUGUCGUAUCGGCAUCAGCUGGAGCAGUUCGUGAAUAAGGUCAAGGGCCGCGAGACUCAACACUGGAUUAGUGGCGAGGACUCCAUCGCGCAGAUGAAGAUGAUCGAUAUGGCGUAUGAAAAGAGUGGCCUUGGCCCUCGACCUACUAGCUCGUUCCAUGGCAAAUAAUAAUUCAGCGAUGUGCUUGGGGUUGCGAUAUUUGUUUCUUUCUCUCCACUCAAUUACCUUUCUCUUCUCUCCAUUACAUUUCGGAUCGGGGUUUGCCGCAGUUUGUACCUAGUGCUUAGAAUAUUGCCUUUGUUGGCGUCAUCGAAUUUGCCUUUGCCCAGAAUAACG